AUGCAACAACCAGAGGAGGUGACAGCUGUCGAGAAGAUCGUGGAGGAGCCUCAACUCGCUGAGAAGGCAAAGCUCGAAUCUGACUCGACCUCUACAUCGACCGCCAAGGAUCAUGAAACCAAGACAUCCAUUCCGGACGAGGAGGACGCACUCUAUGCCCACCUGCCACCACACGAAAGAGACAUUCUGAAGAAGCAGCUGGAUGCCCCUCCCAGGCCCGUUUCAUUCUUCGGCCUGUACCGAUAUGCCUCCCAUAUGGAUAUUCUGAUCCUUGUGGUCAGUGCUCUCUGUGCUAUGGCGGCAGGUGCCGCAUUGCCUCUUUUCACUAUUCUCUUCGGUUCGCUGGCCACUUCGUUCCAAAAUAUCAUCCAAAAAACAAUCAGCUACGAUGCCUAUUACCAUGACCUCACGAAGAACGUGCUCUACUUUGUCUACCUCGGUAUCGGCGAGUUCGUCACUGUCUAUAUCAGUACCAUCGGUUUCAUCUACACCGGUGAACACGUCACGCAAAAGAUUCGCGAGAAUUACCUCCAAGCUAUCCUGCGUCAGAACAUUGCCUACUUCGACAAACUCGGUGCUGGUGAGGUCACAACCCGCAUCACUGCUGACACCAACCUCAUCCAGGACGGUGUCUCCGAGAAGGUUGGGCUGACUUUGACUGCUCUUGCCACUUUCGUCACCGCGUUCAUCGUGGCUUACAUCAAAUAUGCCCCUCUUGCCGGUAUCUGUACCUCCACCAUCGUUGCGCUGGUCGUCAUCAUGGGCGGAGGCUCGAGCUUUAUCGUCAAGUUCAGUAAGCUCUCACUGGAGAGCUACGGUGCUGGUGGUACAGUCGCAGAGGAAGUGAUCAGUUCGAUUCGCAAUGCCACUGCCUUUGGUACACAGGAGAAGCUUGCUCAGCAGUAUGAGGUGCAUUUAGCCAGGGCCGAGCGCUGGGGCAUGCGUUUGCAAAUGGCUCUUGGCGUCAUGGUUGGCGGCAUGUUCGGUAUCAUGUUUUUGAAUUACGGACUGGGAUUCUGGAUGGGUUCUCGCUUCUUGGUGCAGCACAAGGUCGACGUUGGUCAUGUCCUGACUAUUCUUAUGGCCAUUCUCAUUGGAUCUUUCGCCCUGGGCAACGUCACCCCGAACGGCCAAGCUUUCACCAACGCCGUUGCAGCAGCUGCCAAGAUCUUCGCUACCAUCGACCGUGAAUCUCCUCUGGACCCCACUUCCACCGAGGGUAUCAUUCUGGAUCACGUUGAGGGCCACAUCGAGUUCAAGAAUGUUAAGCACAUCUACCCCUCCCGCCCUGAAGUGACUAUCAUGGAAAAUGUCUCACUCGCCAUGCCUGCUGGAAAGACCACUGCGCUGGUCGGUCCCUCAGGAUCUGGAAAAAGUACUGUCGUUGGCCUGGUCGAGCGCUUCUACCUCCCUGUCGGUGGACAAGUCUUUUUGGAUGGUCAUGACAUCCAGACUCUCAACCUCCGUUGGUUGCGCCAGCAGAUCUCUCUGGUCAGCCAAGAGCCUGUCUUGUUCGGCACAUCCAUUUUCAAGAACAUUAGUCACGGUCUGAUUGGAACACGCUUCGAGAACGAGUCCGAGGAGAAGAUCAAAGAGCUUGUUGAGAAUGCUGCCAAGAUGGCCAACGCUCACGAGUUUGUGUCUGCCCUUCCAGAAGGUUACGAGACCAAUGUUGGACAGCGUGGUUUCCUCCUCUCCGGUGGUCAGAAGCAACGUAUUGCUAUCGCCCGCGCUGUUGUCAGCGACCCCAAGAUUCUACUCCUCGAUGAAGCUACCUCUGCUCUGGAUACCAAGUCAGAGGGUGUUGUCCAGGCAGCGCUUGACCGUGCUGCUGAGGGCCGUACAACCAUCGUCAUUGCUCACCGUCUUUCAACCAUCAAGACCGCUCACAACAUCGUUGUUUUCGUCAACGGUCAAAUCGUCGAACAGGGUACUCAUGAUGACUUGACUGAGCACGACGGACCUUACUACAAGCUCGUUGAAGCCCAGCGUAUCAACGAAGCGAAGGAGGCCGACGCUAUCCAGGGUGACGACGAGGACGAGGAUAGUGCUGAACAAAUGACCAAGUCCCACAUCGCCCGCGUCAAGUCCAUUGAAAGUGGAUCGACUCUGGCCAAGGGUGAUGCCGACCCUGAUAUGCGGCGCUUGGAUUCCCGCAAGUCGGUCUCAAGUGUCGUUCUGUCAAAGAAGACCGCGGAAGCCAGCAACAAAUAUUCCCUUCUCACUUUGAUCCGAUUCAUCGGUUCGUUCAACAAGGAAGAUUGGAAGUUCAUGGUCCUUGGUCUCUGCUUCUCUGUCCUUGCUGGCUGUGGUCAACCUACCCAGGCUUUCUUGUACUCCAAGGCCAUUAGUGCGCUGUCUCUACCAGAGUCGAUGUGGGGUAAGCUGCGGUCAGAUGCUAACUUCUGGUCUCUUAUGUUCUUGGUCGUUGGAAUCGCUCAGUUCAUUACUUUCUCUAUCCACGGUAUCACCUUUGCUUAUACCUCCGAGCGUUUGAUUCGCAAAGCUCGCAGCAAGGCUUUCCGUGUCAUGCUCCGUCAAGAUAUCGACUUUUUCGAUCGCGAGGAGAACAGCACAGGCGCUCUGACUUCUUUCCUGUCUACCGAAACUAAGCACUUAUCUGGUAUCAGUGGCCAGACCCUCGGAACAAUCCUGAUGUGCUCUACCACUCUGAUUGCUGCCAUGGUGAUCUCUCUCGCAUUUGGAUGGAAGCUCGCUCUCGUCUGUAUCUCCGUCAUCCCCGUCCUUCUCGGCUGUGGUUUCUAUCGCUUCUACAUGCUUGCCGCCUUCCAGGCUCGCUCCAAGGCUGCCUAUGAGGGCUCCGCUAGCUACGCGUGCGAGGCUACAUCCGCUAUUCGCACCGUUGCUUCACUGACCCGCGAGGAAGACGUUUGGUCCAUCUAUCACGCUCAGCUUGAUGUUCAAGGCCGCGCAAGUUUGAUCUCCGUGGUCAAGUCAUCCAUUUUGUACGCUGCUUCCCAGGCCCUGGUUUUCUUCUGUGUUGCCCUGGGCUUCUGGUAUGGAGGUACCCUCCUCGGCCACGGCGAGUACGACACCUUCCGCUUCUUCGUCUGCUUCAGUGAAAUUCUCUUUGGUGCUCAAUCCGCCGGCACAGUCUUUUCCUUCAGCCCGGAUAUGGGCAAGGCCAAGAACGCCGCCGCCGAGUUCCUCAAGCUCUUUGAGCGCCGCCCCACCAUCGACACCUGGUCCAACGAAGGCGAGAACCUUGCCCACUGCGACGGAAACAUUGAGUUCAAGGACGUUCACUUCCGUUACCCAUCCCGCCCUGAGCAACCAGUUCUCCGUGGACUGGACCUUUCUGUCAAGAAGGGCCAGUACAUCGCGCUCGUCGGACCCAGUGGUUGCGGAAAGAGUACCACCAUUGCCCUUCUUGAGCGCUUCUACGACUCCCUCUCCGGCGGUAUUUUCGUUGAUGGCCAGAACAUCACCGACUUGAACGUCAACUCAUACCGCAGCCACAUUGCCCUUGUCAGCCAAGAACCUACUCUUUACCAGGGAACCAUCAAGGAGAACAUCCUUCUUGGUACCCCUAAUGACGACCCCUCUGAAGAAGAGCUCGUCAAGGCAUGCAAGGACGCCAACAUCUAUGACUUCAUCAUGUCCCUUCCUGAGGGCUUCAACACAGUCGUCGGAAGCAAGGGUGGUAUGUUGUCAGGUGGCCAAAAGCAGCGUGUCGCUAUUGCCCGCGCUCUUCUGCGUAACCCCAAGAUCCUCCUUCUGGACGAGGCGACUUCCGCCUUGGACUCCGAAUCCGAGAAGGUCGUUCAGGCCGCUCUGGAUGCUGCUGCCCGUGGUCGUACCACUAUCGCUGUUGCUCAUCGUCUGUCGACUAUCCAAAAGGCCGAUAUCAUCUAUGUCUUUGAUCAGGGCAAGAUUGUUGAGAGCGGUACUCACACCGAGCUGCUGCGCAACAAGGGCCGUUACUAUGAGCUGGUCAACCUCCAGUCUCUUGGAAAGAACUGA